CAGGCGGUACAUAUCCCACAGCAAUAAUUUCCGAUCACAUUUUACAAGGAACAUAUUUAAACUAUUACAUAAUCUCGAAAGUAUGUCCUGGCAGCAAUGAUAGAAUGAAAAGAAGUUAAAACGCUGUGCAACGUUAUUGAAGAAGUCCAGACAAGCUCAUCGUUGCAGUGCAAGCUGCAUUUCCAGACGGACCGCAUGUGGACGGGGUAAACGGAUUUCAUUUGACGGAUCAUUGCUUGCCUGCAGCGGGGAAGACUGGGCAUUUUGUUCAUGGUGCCAGGAUGCUUUCUUUUAUCCUUCGUGUCUGCUUUGUAGCCUUUAUGGCCAAUCAGACUGUAAGCACUGGGGCCAAAAAAAGCAAGCUGCUCACCAUUAAUCCUGCGCAGCUGGUGUGCAGCAUGCCCGGUCCCCCGGGGCCCCCAGGCCUGCCAGGGGCCCGUGGGGCCUCAGGCUCCAUCGGGAGAAUGGGCUUCCCAGGGAAAGAUGGAAAGGACGGAAAGGAUGGGGACAAGGGGGAGAAAGGGGAACAAGGUGACCAAGGUAGACAGGGGAAUCCUGGAAAGGCUGGCUCUAAAGGCAAACAAGGUGUGAUCGGCAAGCACGGGCCCCGGGGAAAGAAGGGACCCAGAGGGGACCCUGGCCAGGCAGGGGCGCCUGGGUCGAAGGGCAAGGCAGGAGACACCGGUGAGGAUGGGCUACCUGGGGUCUGCAAAUGUGGCAUCAACUUGGCCAAAUGUGCCUUCUCCGUCGCGGCCACUAAGAGCUACCCGAAAGAGAGGCUGCCCAUCAAAUUCAACAAGGUCUUGAUGAACGAAGGUGGCCACUAUAAUGCCAGCAGCGGCAAGUUUGUAUGUGGCAUCCCUGGCAUUUAUUUCUUCACUUACGAUAUCACUCUGGCAAACAAGCACUUGGCAAUUGGGCUGGUGCACAACGGACAAUACAAGAUAAAGACCUUCGAUGCCAAUACUGGCAAUUACGAUGUAGCAUCGGGAUCUACUGUCCUGCGCCUGGCGCGGGGUGACGAGGUGUGGCUGCAGAUCUUCUACUCCGAGCAGAAUGGACUCUUCUAUGAUCCAUACCGGACUGACAGCUUGUUCACCGGGUUUCUGAUAUACCCGGACCAGGAUUUCUUCAACAAGGUAGAGGAGAACCUCAGCUGACUUCACUGGUCGGACUUAUGAAGUAAAAUGACAAGGCCAAAAGCUAAAUGUUUGGCUUCACAGAUUUUUUAUUUUUACUUUUCACUGGGAGAAUGCAUUGUCUCAUUUGAACCCUUCCAAAGGAUGACACCUAAAUAUCUGAAGCAGUAUCCCGUGCAGUUCUAUCCCUGCUCAGCUGUUGCAGAACAUUGUUUCUAGAACUCUGUGAAAUGUCCUACGAAAUAAAUUCAUUGAAGUACAUGUA